UAAGUAACUUCUAGAAGUCAAACGAGAACUUAGUUGUGCCGGUUAUCUUGUAAACACUAACGUGAGCGCUCCUGUAAACGGUUAUUCUCAAGUCUUGAGGUURCGAUGUCGACGUCUGCUGGCGAUGUAAGCGUUGAGAUACGUGGUAGCGAGAAGCAGUUGAACCAUGGUCAUCAAUUAAACCUUGGAGACAGAGAUCCAACACAAAUGAACGACCACGUGCGGGUCUUCUACCAAGACGUMUUCGCUGAACCCGAAGGCACACAUAGUAUCGACGGAGUUUGGAAAGCCAGCUUCAAAUCCUUCGUUUCCACAAAGUACUGGUGUUACCGUAUUCUAACAGCCAUCUUUGGUAUUCCAACUGCCAUCUUGUGCGGUUGUUACUUUGCUUGUCUCAGUUUUGACUACAUCUGGUGCAUAAUGCCGUGUCUCAAGGGCUAUCUCAUUGAGUURCAAUGCCUUGGCAAAGUCUGGGGAAUGUGUGUACGGACAUUUGCUGAUCCCUUCUUUGAGUCUGUAGCGAAAGUUUUCUCUGGAAUCAAGAUUACUAGAGGAUAGCAUUUUUGAACACUUUUUUACUGAAACGUAAUUCAUUUUUUUAUGUCAUUAAUUAGUUUAUAAGGUAUCGUUUUUUUUAUUGUUAUUAUUUUAAAACAUCUUUAAAAAACAUUUUGUUUGACGAUUUGCACCCUUACAGAACCACCACUGAAUGAAACUUUGAUAUAUAACGCGCGCUCUAUGAUUGGCUGAUGACCGUCUUUAUAUCAAAGACAGAGACACCGGC